AUGUCCGACAGUAUCAAGCCCUCCGACUACACCUCGUUGCCUCUGCCUACAGCUUCGCUUGUAGCAGCUCCACUUCCUGGUCCGCUUGGUGCUUGCUCAUCUCGUUGCUCCCUCUCUGAAGUAGCUGUUGGAAGCUUACCAGAGUUGAAUGUUUAUGGUCAUGAUUACCACACAAAAGAUGGCAGUGUUAUCCGGGAUUACAUCCAUGUGAUGAAUUUGGUUGAUGGUCUUGUUGCAGCACUUAAAGAGCUAGACGAAUUUGUGUUAUAUAUUUUUAUGGUGGUGGUUUGCAGGGUAAAAUAUGGGAUCGAGGAGAUGUGCAGGGGUCAAUGGAAUUGGGCAAAACAGAACCCAUGGGGAUACCAGAAGCUGAUGACAUGGUCUUCAAGUAGUUGGGAAUUAAUAAUAAUCAAGUGUUUAGGUAGCAUAUAUGACGAGUCUAAGUCAAAUGGUGAAAGCAGGUAA